AUGUCGAGCUCGGCGGCGAAAUGGCGCGAGGAGCAGGUCCUCAUCAUCUGCCCCGGCAGCCGUAUGACCAUGGCCCAGCUGGGGUGCAGCGAGCUGACGCCGCCUACGAAUCGCUUCCCGACGCGCAUGUUCAAGGACGGCGACGGUCGCGAGUGGAGGCCCUAUCAUACCUUUAAGCGCACCCGUGUCGUCGCCGGCGUCGAGUUGGAAGAGUGGGUGGAGGAUGUCGACUCGGAUGAGGGUGCCGUCUUUCCCAUCGAGGGAGGACGCAUCGUCUGCAUGGACGCCUUCCUCGCCUUUCUCGACCACAUUCAUUCCAUGCUCACGACGACUUACCACAACACGCCCAUCAUGCUCAUGGCCUCACCGCAGUGGACACGCCCCGACUGCGAGACAAUUGCCCAGUACAUUUUUGAGAAGACGCGCACGCCCGCCCUCUGCAUGAUUCACAGCGGCCUCGCCACCCACUACGGACUCAAGUGGCCCAACAUGACCGUCAUCGACAUCGGCUUCGAAAAGGUCGACGUCACCGCCAUUCACGACGGCCGCAUCGUGAAUCACAUAGACCUAGGCUCCCCACGCGCCGACGGAUCCAUCAGCGGCGGCGAGGUUUUUACUCGCAAGCUGAUGAAGCUCCUCGAGGGCAAGGGGUUCAGUCGUGAAAUGGCGGAGCAGCUGAAGAGGAGUGUCAUCUGCGAGGUGCUACCGUAUGCACCGGCCGGUGAACGCUUGGUCGAGUUGCCAAAGGCCGUCGCCACCAGCAUCUCUCCCAUCGCAGCGGCACCACCCGAUGCGUUCCGACCGAACGAUUCGGCGAGGGAUACGGCAGUCGACAACGAGGACGGUAGCGGCGUAACUAACAACGGCAAUGACGGCAACGACGGCCCCGAGCCCGAUGCGGACGACGACGGCGUGCUGGACGUUGCUGCCAUUGUUACGAGCGGCCAGACCAAAGAAUUUCUCGCAAAGAAGGAAAGGGAAAAAGGAAAGUCCGGAAGGAAAGCGAAGGAUGCAGAGGGUGAGGCUGCGUCGGCGAGGCCUGUGCGUCUGCCAAACUCGAAGCGGACGCACAACGUCUUUGCGUUCGAGGAGGUUGUCCAAGAAGAGGUGAAGAAAGUUCUGGAGCCGAAGCCAGAACAAGCCCCGGCAGAGCAGGCGGACAAGCAGCCAGCCGGAGAACAGCCAUCCGGAGAACAGCCAUCUGGAGAGCAGCCAGCCGAAUCGCAGCCGAGCCAGACCGGCACGGCACAGGGCAACGAAGCUGCUCCUCCUCCGCAAGCAACCGUGGGCGAGAUGGGAGAGCCAAGCAAAUCUGCCAAAGAUGGCACCGACGUCAAGCCGGCCGAGCCGAGCAACGGCGUCGCCGGCGUGCCAUCGCCAACGGCAGCCGAGCCGCCCCAGCAGGAGACGGCCAUCAACGGCAGCAAUGAUACCCCUGAAUUCAGGUCCAAGCGCGUCCGCCGUGACGUCGAGGUGGGCCUUGAGCGCUUCACCUUUGCCGACCGCGAAGAGAUCGACCGGAUCGUCUCGGCCAUCUACCGCACCAUUCAGGGCAUCGACGACAUGUACAUGCGCCCUGCCUGCUGGGACAAUCUCGUCUUCGUCGGCAAUGGCGCCCGCCUGCGUGGCCUCAAGGAUAACAUUCUGCAGACCCUCCACGCUCGUCAUCUCAUCUCGCCAUCCACCGCCACCAUGUUCACGUCGGAGCUGCCAUCCAACGUGGCGACGCCGACGGGCACCGGAAGCCAGACGCCGACGGGUUCUUUCAACGGCGCCCCCCAUCAGCUUUCCUCGAGCGGCGUUAACCCGCUCCUUCAGGCGGCGACGACGGCGAGCUCUCUCGGUGCCGCCGCAAAUGCUGCUUCUGCCGCCGCCGUGGCCACCCCCGCCGCCGGCUCCGACGCCGCGGGACCCGCCGCGGGACACCACUUCCACAGCCAGACGCCAACGAGCAUCAAGACGGCGGCGCUGCCGACAUAUCUCGCUGAAUGGACCAAGAACGGCUUCGAAGAGUCCAUGUUCCUCGGCGCUCAGGUCGCCGCUCGCAUCGCUUUUUGCAUCCACACCAACAUGGACACGCAGAGCAUUGAAGCCCAGCGCCUGAUGAGUUUGAGUCGGGUCGACUAUAACGAGUUGGGCCCCAAGGCCAUCCGCACGCAUUCCAUGCUUGGCUGA